AUGCUAGGUGUUGGAGUACAGGAAAAGAAGAAAAAGACUCAUGAAAUGAAAGUAAUCACACGUUUUAGAUUAUUUGCUUUGAAAGAGGAAGGUCAGGAGGAAAAAUUAACGUUGGGACCCCAACAGCUCAAGUACAUGACCGUACGGAGAGACUCCUCCUCGUGCCUCCGCUUGUCUGCUGCCCCGUCAGCAUUCGACCCCGUGGACCCCGCCGCACUGGAAUAUUUCCUCGCUACAGAACCUUCCUUGCGGGACUUCAUGCUCGGCUCGCACUUCUUCUUGGAUGCCUGCAGCUGGUCUUUGAUCCCCUGCAUCGCCCUCAUUCCCGUCUGGUACGCCACCCUACUCAUCUGCGCAACGUAG